AUGGCCAUGUUCAAAACAACAAAACCAUGCUUCUGGCUUUCUCUUCUCAACCUCAUCUUCUCUUUGCACUACUAUCCUUCCCUUGCAGCUCUAACCACCAUCUCUGCAAACCAGUCUCUCUCUGCUGACCAAACUCUAGUCUCUGAAGGAGGAAGGUUUGAAUUGGGUUUCUUUAAACCAGGUAAUUCCCCUAACUACUUCAUAGGCAUAUGGUACAAAAAGGUCUCUAUACAAACAAUUGUUUGGGUUGCCAACAGAGACAAUCCUGUCUCUGAUAAAAACACUGCAACCUUAAAAAUCUCAGCUGGUAAUUUAGUCCUAUUAGACGAGUCUUCAAACCAUGUUUGGUCAACAAACACGAGUUUUCCUAAGUCAGAUUCUGUUUCAGCUAUUCUUCUAGAUACUGGAAAUCUUGUUUUGAGAAAUAGGCCUAAUGAUGAUGCAUUAGAUCCUCUAUGGCAGAGUUUUGAUCAUCAAACAGAUACAUUUCUUCCAGGUGGGAAAAUUAAGCUUGACAAGAAAACAAAGCAGCCUCAGUUUCUAACUUCAUGGAAGAAUCGAGAAGAUCCUUCAACGGGUCUUUUCUCUUUGGAACUAGACCCAAAAGGAUCAACUUCGUAUCUUCUUCUUUGGAAUAAGUCUGAAGAGUAUUGGACAAGUGGAGCUUGGAAUGGACAUAUUUUUAGUCUUGUUCCUGAGAUGAGGUUAAAUUACAUUUACAAUUUUUCAUUUGUCUCGAAUGAGAAUGAAACCUAUUUCACUUACUCGUUGUAUAACGAUUUGAUUAUAUCUCGGCUUGUGAUGGAUAUCUCGGGCCAGAUCAAGCAAUACACGUGGUUGGAAAGUUUCAAUCAGUGGAACCUCUUUUGGACACAGCCAAGACAACGAUGUGACGUUUAUUCUUUUUGUGGUGCAUUUGCAGUAUGUGAUGACAACUCAUUGCCUUAUUGUAGCUGUUUGAAGGGUUUUGAGCCAAAGUCAGUGUCUGAUUGGAACCUGGAGGAUUACACGGGCGGAUGUGUCAGGAAAACAAGUUUGCAAUGUGAGGAUUCCAAUCCCUCUAAUGGGGAUAAUGAAGGGUUCAUUGCAAUCUUCAACACGGUAUUACCUAAAAAUGCGCAACUUCUGCAGUUAGAGAAUGAAGUAGAAUGUGAGUUAACUUGCUUGAAAAACUGCUCAUGCACUGCUUUUACAUAUAGAAAUGGAUGUUCAGUUUGGUUUGGAGACCUCAUGAAUCUACAACAAUUGUCUUCUGAUGAUAGUAGUGGACAAACUUUGUAUGUCAAAUUUGCAUCAGAAAUACUUGAAGCUAGUAAUAACAGUGAUCGGGGGAGGGUGAUUAUUGGUGGUGUUGUGGGUGCAGUUCUUGCCAUAGGGAUACUCUUGGCCCUUCUAUUGUUUUUCGUAUUUAGGCGAAGAAAGAGAAUGCUUGCAACAGGAAAGCUAUUGGAGGGUUUUAUGGCGGAAUUCGAGUACAAGGAUUUGCAAAUUGCGACAAAGAAUUUCUCCGAGAAAUUGGGAGGAGAAGGAGGCUUUGGUUCCGUUUUCAAAGGAACAUUAACUGAUUCAAGUGUUGUAGUAGUGAAGAAGCUAGAGAGUGUUAGCAAAGGAGAGAAGAAGUUCAGAACAAAAGUAAGUAUACUAGGGACAAUGCAGCAUGUUAAUCUUGUUCGCCUUCGUGGAUUCUGUUCAGAAAGUACAACCAAAAGGUUUCUGGUUUAUGAUUACAUGCCAAAUCUUUCCUUGGAUUUCAAAUUAUUUGGGAACAACAAUUCUGAGGUGCUGGGAUGGAAAACGAGAUACCAAAUUGCUCUUGGAAUUGCAAGAGGACUAAUAUACCUCCACGAGAAAUGCGAAGAAUGUAUCAUACAUGGAGAUAUAAAGCCGGAAAACAUUCUCCUUGACGCUGAUUUGAGUCCAAAAGUUUCCGACUUUGGCCUAGCAAAGCUAAUUGGACGGGAUUUCAGCAGAAUCCUUACAUCCAUGAGCGAAACAAGAGGUUAUCUUGCUCCAGAGUGGUUUUCUAGGGCUUCUAUCACAGCGAAAGCCGAUGUUUACAGCUACGGAAUGAUGCUUUUUGAGGUUGUAUCAGGUCGGAGGAACUCCGAUCCAUCUCUAGAUGGUGAAUUUAUUUUCUUUCCUGCCUUGGCUGCAAAAGUAGUUAACCAAGGUGGUAGUGUCCUUACUCUUUUGGACCCUAGGUUGGAGGGAAAUGCUGAUAUUGAAGAGGUUUCUCAAAUGAUAAUAGUUGCUUCUUGGUGUGUCCAAGAAAAUGAAACUCAGAGGCCAACUAUGCGUCAGGUAGUUCAAAUUCUUGAGGGGAUUUUGGAUGUGAAUGUGCCACCAAUUCCAAAAUUCAAUCAAGUGUUUGUAGAUAACUAA